UGUGUGUGUGUGUGUGAUGUGUUAGACUGAGAUUGCAGCUCCGAGUGAAGUUUAACAGCAUGGAGAGUACACACGGAUAGAGCUUUUCAUUUUCAUUUCUUUAUUUUAUCUAUUCAUGUGAGCUUCAGAAGAUGGUGCACUCACACGUCAGUCCCCACGUCCUCACCCACGGCCUGCAGCACGUCUCCCACUUCCCCUGUGAGGAGGAAGUGACUCUCAUGUCAUGUGGUGUAGGUGAAGACGGCUUCCUGAGUCUCCACCGCAGUGGGCGUGUCAGGUUCUACACCGCAGACGGGUACCUGAGGGAACCUCCUGCCCGCUCCACCGUGCCCUACCAGGGCGUGGCCUUCACACAGAUCCCGGGCAGGCUGGUGGGGUGGGGACCCGGUGAGAAGCUCACGCUGCUGGACACGAAGUUCACCCCAGUCGUUCACGCCCAGGAGACGCUCGACAUCAGAGUGUGUCAGACGUUAGAAGGCUCUCGGGAGCUGGUCACCGCUGGGGCCGGGAAUGUGUGUGUGUGGAGUGUGGGUCACAUGGUCAUGGUGUGUCACGUGCAGGUGGUGGACGGGUUCGAGAGGGAGUGUGUGUUCACACAGCUGGCUCUGGUUCCUGCUACAGCUCAGAAAGCUCCUCGAGCUCUCGCUGUGUGUGGGAGAUCAGUGACUGUCGUGGAUCUGAGAGAGGGAUGCGUGCUAGAACACAAAACCAACCUCCAUCGACGCGAGAUCACGGCGUUGGUGUACUGCCCCCUGCAGGACGUCGUGGUCACUGCAUCCAAAGAUGUGACCAUGAGGGUCUGGGGGUCGGACUGGGAGUUGCUCACGGCUUUCGUUGGUCACACAGCUGUGGUCACGUCCCUGCUGUUGUGUCCCAUCUCUGGUCUGCUGCUUUCCGCCUCCCUGGACUCGACACUCCGCUACUGGAGUCUACAGACAGGUGAUCAGGUGAAGAUCCUGACUCCGCCUAUUGGUUACGCCCCAGCCAUUUUAGUAGGCGGUCCCAGCUCCAUGUCCACCUUCUUCACCUUCUCAAAAUCCGGCGUUGACUUCUGGACCUUCAACAGCCUCUAUGACCUCCACUGCAAGCUCAGUGGAGACUCAGCCAUCAGCCGUGUCCGGGAAAUACGAGCCCCGUCCUCUGGCCCGCACUACCCUGCUCGUGUUGUGUGUGUCCAUGGUGACAGUGACAUCACGCUCAUGGCUGCAGGGACGGGGGCAGUGCUAACGGCGUUCCGGACCAGAGAGAGAGUCAGGUGUGCUGAUUACUGCCUCUACAAAGAGGUGCUGAUGGUACUGACUGAUGAAGGGUCGGUGAUCAAAGCCAGCACACUGACCAAUCCGGUGACUCGGGUGGAAACGUGGACCAAUAGGGAAAGUGGGCAGGGUGAAGCGUGCUGCAUGGCGCUGUAUAGUCACAUCGCAGAUGAAGAAACAGCACUGGAGGAGUGGAAGGAACUGCAGGAGGAGAGAGGAGAGAAACCAAGGGUCAGAAAACAGCUGGAGGAGGGCAAGAACAGGUUUCUGGUCAUGCUUGGUCAUCACAGUGGGUGUGUCAGUGUGAUGCAAAUGCAUUCCAGGCGUGUCCAAUAUAAAAUCACCGCCCACGACGGACAAGACAUCACCAGCAUACAGGCUUACCCAGAGAGUGACUACGUCCUUACUGCCGGUGCAGAUAACUCGGUGCUGCUGUGGAGAGUGUUUCCGUACACACAGGACUGUCUGAGUGUGCAGACGAGUGUGUUUUGCGCUCAGACACCGGUGUGUAUGUCGCUGCUCGACUCCCUGCUGGCUGUCGGCCUUCAACAUCAACACAGCGCCACGUACAGCCUGGUGCAGCUCGACCUGCACACACACACUCACACACACACACGCUGUGACCAUCCGCCUGAGCACGAUCACAGCGGUGCAAUCACAGGAUUGUGUGUGUGUCCGAACCUGCGUGUGUUUGCCUCGUGCAGUCAGGACGGCACACUGCGCCUCUGGGACGAGGAGAACCGCCUGCUCAGGACUCUGGAGCUGAACGCUGAGCCAGAGUGUGUGCAGUUCAGUGGACAGGGAGGAGAGCUGCUGCUGGGAAUCAGAGGAGAUGUUUACAGAAUCCACUGCACACACCUACUGCCUCCUGAGUUCCAGACACUGCUGCUGUGUAACGAGGAUCUGUAUGAUCCGGUUCCUGAUUUGCCCAUCGCUUGCACAAUUAGCAAGUCCUGUAAACAGCGGGGUGAGAUCUCCCAUAUCACUGCAGCAGAAUUUCCAGAGAAACAGGACCAGACCAAAGACCCAAUGUUGGAGUGUCUGCUGGAGCGAAAUCGAGACCUGAGUUCACUUCAGAGUGGAGACACACACAGCAGGAGGAAGCUGAAGAGCACUCCACACACCAGGAGAGAGGCUUUUAACCGUUAUAUACAGCUCCUGUACAACCCAGCACUGCAGAUUAGUGUAGGACACACACACACACACACUCACACUCACACACACACACACACACACCUGUAUAAAACAAUAAUUCAUGUAAAGUGUACUAGUGUUACAGACUUCACUGUGGUGAGCUUUGUGUAGAUCCCAGAUGAAGAUCCAUUCGACCUGCACGCUGCGCUCUCUCCCCCGAACCCGCCCCAACUGCGACCUCUGACCCCUCCAACACUGCGAGAGGGAUUCUUUCCAAAUUGGAGCCUGGCCAGGAAACCUGACGCUACACACACGCAGG